CAUAAAACGCCGGCUUCUUUCAAUCUUCCAGGCUUGACAUUAAUACCUUUCCCAUUUACCCAAUUGUAGGUUCAACGACUUUCACGCGACCGAAGUUAAAUGGAGCUGCGAUACGGUGCCUGCCGACCUGCGAGGAAGCCUGCGCUCAAAGAAAACCUGCAAAUGCUGGUAUCAUUACUGUGAGAAAGCUUCUGGGAUACAGAACGCAUGAAUUCCAUUUUACUCACCGCGUUGAGGACUACCAUACAUAUUCCGAAGCAUACCCCAAACGCCAGGAGAGCUGGGUUCUUAACUGAGUCUACCUUUGAGGGAUUACAAACAUGACCCCGACAGACUUCUUCAGACCCAACAAUUUAAGCAGUUUGGCACUGAAGUCCAAGGCGAUCUAUUUGGCGGAGAACCGUACCAUGGACAUCUAUCCUGGAUCUGCAUUUCCGCUGUUCUGUAACAGCACCUACCCUUAUUUGUGUAACGAAAGCAAACCUCUGGGCCUAGAGGAUAAAUCGGAACACCAGCAAUACAUCAUUGGCCUGUUCUUGUCGUGUCUCUACACGAUAUUCCUGUUCCCCAUCGGCUUUGUGGGGAACAUCCUCAUUUUAGUGGUGAACAUCAGCUUCCGAGAGAAGAUGACCAUCCCAGACCUCUACUUUGUCAACCUCGCCGCGGCAGACCUCAUCCUGGUCGCCGACUCCCUCAUCGAGGUCUUCAACCUGGACGAAAAGUAUUACGACAUCACCAUCAUCUGCACCUUCAUGUCCUUGUUCCUCCAGAUCAACAUGUACAGCAGCAUCUUCUUUCUCACGUGGAUGAGCUUCGACCGAUACAUAGCCCUGGGCAAAGUCAUGCGGUCCAACAUAUUCCGCACCAUGGAGCACGCCCGGCUUAGCUGCGGCCUCAUCUGGCUGGCGUCCAUCUCUGCAGCGCUGGUACCCUUCACGGCCGUGCAUUUGCAGCACACCGGAGAGAUGCACUUUUGCUUCGCGGACGUCAAGGAAAUCCAGUGGCUUGAAAUCACCCUGGGGUUCAUCAUCCCUUUCGCCAUCAUCGGCCUUUGCUAUUCGUUGAUCGUCCGAGUCCUCAUCCGGGCUCACAAGCACAGGAGUUUGCGGAUACGCCGACAGAAAGCUCUCCGGAUGAUUUUCGUGGUGGUCCUCGUCUUCUUCAUCUGCUGGCUCCCCGAAAACGUCUUCAUCAGCGUGCAGCUUCUCCAGAAGACAGAACCGGUCCCGUCCCGGAGCCAGUCCUUCAGACACAGCCACCCCCUGAUGGGACAUAUUGUAAACCUUGCGGCCUUCUCCAACAGCUGCCUGAAUCCCCUUAUCUACAGUUUCCUUGGUGAAACUUUUAGAGACAAGCUGAGGCUAUACAUCGAACAGAAGGCCAAAGUAUCGGCUCUACAUCGUUUUUGUCAAGCUACCCUGAAAUCAGUCAUUCCUGACAGCACAGAGCAGUCGGAAGUUUAACUUAGGACCAUUCCAAAAGGUACUGCAAAGGAACAGGAUCGCAAUACCGGUUACUCACAGGGAAGUAUAUAUCCUAUGCACAGAGAUUUGUACUCUUUUUUUAUGACAAUAUGUGCAAGAUCACCCAUUAUAAAGAUCUGCGUGUAAUUAGGGAAAGGGCUAAUAAAG